CUAUUUUGAAUGGCGUGACAAUGAAAACCAGCAAUAGACACAGACAAAAUUCUAGGGAGAAUCCGCUGAGCGACGUGAGUGCAGGCGCACGGUUCUGUCACGUUGCACGAAGAUCUACUGAAGACAAGAAAGACAGGAGAGAGGAGGAAAUUAUUUGGCGAAUUUCAUAUCCAGAAUAUUGUGAACUGAGCUCGCUUGUUAUGGCUUACUUAGGUCGCUGUUUUAUUACUGUACUUGCUCUGAAAUAUUGUCAAGCAGGUAUGUUUGUGAUGCUUCCCUCGAUUGGCAAGAGUCAUUUUCUUUUGUUUACAAGACUCUCUGAGGAAUUAAUACGAAGAGGUCACGAGGUUCAGAUUGUGGUCGGAGAUACAGAGAGCUACGUGACAAGUCAUCAGAACGUAAGAAUUUAUAAGACACCUCAGCUGCUCUAUCAAAUCAUGCUUACUCGGCGAGGGCCGAAGAAAGGUCUUGAUGUAGUAACAGAGACAGCAAGCACUUCCAAACUAAUGGCCAUGUACUGUGAAGGGAUACUGAAUGAUGAAGAACUUACAACUGACAUACAACACGCUGAUGUCGUUAUCGGUGAUGGCUUGUACAUAUGCUCGUCUCUGAUUGCCAGCAAAUUCUCCUUACUACAUAUUGUUGUUGUCUCAAGUACUCUCAGUCUUCCAGCCAUGCUUGCAUUUGGUGUCCCACUAACCCCUUCUUACGUACCUCAGUUCAAGUCGACUUUUGCAGAUGAUCUUUCUUUCGUAGAGCGAUUGCAAAACAUUUAUUACUGGAUUCUUGUCCACUGGGCUUUUAAUUAUGGUAUGGUGCCUCCUUUUCAUGAUCUUAAGAAGCGCUACAAUAUUACACCACAGGAAACUGUUUAUGAGACUCUUGGAAGAGUUGAUUUAAUCAUCUCACAAAAGCCCUUUAUUCUGGAGUAUCCAAGGCCUCUUUUUCCAAACACUAAAGUCGUUGGUCCUCUUCUAGCAGCUCCCGCUAAACCAUUACAGGAAGAUUUGGAGGAGUUCAUACAGAAGUCUGGGAACGAAGGCGUGAUUCUGGUAUCGUUUGGUACCGUUAUGGGAAAUAUAAACGAGAAUAUGUCGACGUUACUGGUGAAUGCUUUCUCGAGAGUUUCACAAAGAAUAAUUUGGAAACUUGUUAGAGAGAGCACAAAGGUUGAAUUAAGCAACAACAUCAAAGUGGCAUCAUGGCUGCCUCAAAACGACAUCCUUGGUCACAAUAAAACAAAGCUGUUCAUAAAUCAUGGUGGUGGUCAUGGAUUAAUGGAAGCGGCGUAUCACGGCGUCCCUAUGAUUUGCGCACCUUUCUUUGGAGAUCAGUACGACAAUGCCUACAUAGCUAAACGGAAAGGAUUCGCUGAGGUCGUGAAUUUAGACACGAUCACAGCAGAUGAGUUGGUAGACAUCAUCAACAGAGUCAUAUCAAACCAGAGUUAUCGCGAGUCCGCAGUCAGACUGUCCAAGUUCGUCAAACUUUUGCCUCGCUCUCCUGUUCAAGAAGCCGUUGACUGGAUCGAAUACACGCACGCUGUGAAUGGAUUACCACACCUGCGCCCGCGGUGUCUGGACUUACCGUUCUACAAGCUCUACUUGCUGGAUGUGCUGUUAGUGGCAAUUAUAAUGUGUGCAAUUUUGUGGUUUAGUUUAAAGUAUCUUUGUUCACGAUGGCUUGAAAUGAAAAGAAACUGGUUUACUGACAAAGACAAGAAACUCUAAAAAAAACAGUACUGUAACUGUACUGUAAUUCGUAAAUUGGGAUUGUUUAGAAUGAGAACGUUUGUGAUCAGUCCAUGAUCGUCGAAAGGAGGCGCGGUGGUCUCAUGGUUAGUCUCCAGCGCUCUAAUCCGGAUUGAGUGGUCCUCGCCGAGGACAUAGUGUUGUGUUCUUAGGAAAGACACACUAAUUAAUCUCACAGUGCCUCUCUCCACCCAGGUGUACACGUGGGUACCAGCAAAAUUAAUGUUGGGGG